UCCUCGUUCUUCAUUUCUUCUACGCCUCAAAAGUCUUUCAUUGCAAUGGAUUUUCAAGGAUUGGGAUCGAGCUGGAGCUCGUUUGAUGCUGCGAUGUUGGGGGAGGAAUCCCAAGUCAUGGAGCAGUUGUUCGGUUCUCAGGAGAUGUUUUGGUCCGAUCACAAUUCUUCCGGUGAUCUUUUUGAUUGGACUCUAGGCAAUUGUGCUGCGACCAGCUCAACCAACUCCGUCAGUGUUCUUCCUCAUCCAGACGCCAAUUAUGGAGGAUAUAAUUACACGAGCCAAGCCAAGAUGAGCUCGGAAAUGGCGGAGCCUCUGCCGCCACUUCCGCGAACAACGAAAAGGAAGUUGAACGGUGAGGAUGCUGAUGUGCCCACAAAGGUAGAGGAGGAUACGGCAAUGUUCGGAGUUCCUAAAAGGAAGGCUAAGGAGUCAGCGCCAGUUUCUAAGAAGAGGAAGAAUUCACAGUCCAAGAAGACCGAGAAGAGUGAUAGCACUGUGAAUGAAGACAUAAAUUCACAGAACUCCAGUUGCUACAGCUCAGAGGAUGACUCGAAUGAGCAGAAUGGAGCAGCAAAUAGACAGAAAAAAACUGGUAGAGGAGCUGCAACUGAUCCCCAGAGCUUGUAUGCAAGGAAAAGGAGAGAAAGGAUCAAUGAGAGGCUGAAAAUCCUGCAAAACUUAGUUCCAAAUGGAACAAAAGUAGACAUUAGUACAAUGCUUGAAGAAGCAGUUCAGUAUGUCAAGUUCUUGCAGCUCCAAAUUAAGCUGUUGAGCUCUGAUGACUUGUGGAUGUAUGCUCCCAUUGCUUACAAUGGCAAGAACCUUGGAAUUGACUUAAACAUCUCUGAACUGUGACAACCAGACCAAUGUGCGCAGUCAUAACUACAUAUAGAACGAAGGGAGAAUAACCUGGUGAAAAUGGCAAUUUAUACUCUUCAUUUUCUUCGUUCAAUCAUCUAAAUUGUUUGUUUUUAUAAUCUCAUUUCAAACUAGUAAUGGGGUUUUCUGUAAGCAAUACUGAGAGUUGACAAGGGAAUUGAUGAAGUCUCAUGUUCUCUUAGACUUUUUACCUCGGUGCUUGUUAACAUUGUAAUAUUGAUGAAAAUAUUGAUAUACAGGUAUAAGAUGGAGA